AUGGAUACCCCAAAUGUGAGAGAUGAUGAGAAAGUAAGUGAUGAUCAUAGGGUUUUAGAACCAACGUCGGGGAAUAUUGACGAUGAUAGAGUUUUAGAGCCAACGCUUGAGAAUGACGAUGAUGAUGAGAUUUUAGAGCCAACGGUUGGGUGUUUUUUUAAAACUGAACAAGAACUCAUUAACUACUAUAAGCAAUAUGGGAGACAUAUUGGAUUUGGCAUAAUGACCCAAAGAAGCAGAAAAGAAGUUAAUGGGACUGUUAAAUAUGUAAUACUUCGUUGUGCGCGUGGCGGUAAGGCAAGGAACCAAAUUACCAACCUUUCUAAACCACGCCCGAUAACAAAGACCGAUUGUAAGGCGAAGAUUAAUGCACACUUGAUUGGUGAUGUCUUAGACAUAACUACUGUACAAAAUGCAAGAUUUUUUAGAUGUAAUCUAGCUAUUGAUGACUCCGUAAAGAGGCAGUUAGAUAUCAACAACAAGGCAGACAUCGGCAUGUCCAAAAGUUUUAACGCCUUAGUUGUCGAGGCUGGUGGAUUUGAGAAACUUCCAUUCAUUGAGAGAGAUGCACGAAAUUAUAUUGAUAAGGCUCGACACAUUAGACUUAUCAAAGGAGGUGCUGAUGCACUUCAUGGUUAUUUUGAGAGAAUGCAACAUAAGAAUGACUAG